GAUGAUGCGGGUCUUCUUGUUGUCGCGGGCCGCGUUGCCGGCCAGCUCGAGCACCUCGGCGGCCAGGUACUCCAUGACGGCCGCCAGGUACACGGGGGCGCCGGCGCCCACGCGCUCGGCGUAGUUGCCCUUCCUCAGGAGACGGUGGAUCCUGCCCACGGGGAACUGCAGGCCGGCACGGCUGGAGCGGGACUUUGACUUCCCCUUCACCUUUCCUCCCUUGCCGCGUCCAGACAUGUCGACAGUGAGUGGUGGGGGCGUGGACUUGCGCUUCUGCUGUGGGCUCGGAGAGCGAAUACCUGCCGCUCGCGGCUUUUUCGCCCUAUAUAGUGCAGCGCAGGAUCGGAGGGCGGGGACGGCCGGGCGAGCCUGCCAAUGGGAGCGCGUGCCGCCACGCGUCCCCGCGAUCCCGAGGGAGCGGCGCCGCCAUAAAGGGGGAAUCCGGGGGCGGCCCGGCAACAUUCGCUCGCCGUCUGGGAACGAAGAAGCAGACAUGCCCCCCAAAGCAUCAGGAAAGGCCGCCAAGAAGGCUGGCAAGGCCCAGAAGGCCAUCGCCAAGGGUGACAAGAAGAAGAAGCGCAGGAGGAAGGAGAGCUACUCGAUCUACAUCUACAAGGUGCUCAAGCAGGUCCACCCCGACACCGGCGUCUCCUCCAAGGCCAUGUCCAUCAUGAACUCCUUCGUGAACGACAUCUUCGAGCGCAUCGCCGCCGAGGCCUCUCGCCUGGCCCAUUACAACAAGCGCUCCACCAUCACCAGUCGGGAGAUCCAGACGGCCGUCCGUCUCCUCCUGCCCGGUGAGCUGGCCAAGCACGCCGUGUCCGAAGGCACCAAGGCCGUCACCAAGUACACCUCCUCCAAAUAAGCAACCCACCAACUUGCUUGCACUGGAAAAGAACCGGCUCCAUCGGAGCCACAAACUAUUU